CUAUAUAAAUAAAACCCCAACCGUAAGAAUCAAUACAAUAAUCCCCGUGUUGCAGUCUUGUAGAUUUGUGCAUACUUUAUUAAUCGAUUCCACCUUUGUUUCUUUAUUUGAUUUGAUUUUUUACUUUGCAUUGCUUGCCUUGUAAUUCAAAAAAUCAACUCAGCAAAGAAAAAUUGGGGGAAGAUCUUUGGAUGAAAUCUGGUCAGAUCUGCUGUGUGGGGUUGGGCAUUUUGGUGGGUCUUAUAUCAAUAUAGGAAGCAGCUCAUCUUGCCUUCCCAUUUCAUAGAAACCUCCCAACCAACCAGGCACACCAAAAAAGGAAGAAAAAACCGAAGGAAGAGAAAAACAAGUGAAAGUUUCUGCUGAAGGACAAAAGAAAGCAAAAGAGAAUCCUUUCAUAUAUAUCUUCCAUCUUCCCUUUCUCAUCUGCUUGUUCUUGUUUCUCUCUGAUUUUGGAGUUGGAUCUUGGAUUUGGAGCAAAUGGGUUUGGCCACAGAGUCUCAGUUUCAUGUCCUGGCUGUUGAUGAUAGCAUCAUAGACAGAAAACUCAUCGAGAGGCUCCUCAAGACCUCAUCGUAUCAAGUUACUACAGUGGAUUCCGGUAGCAAGGCCUUAGAAUUUCUUGGCUUGAAUGAAGAUAAGCACAGGGACCCAAAUCAACUUUCUUUCUCUCCAAACAAUCAUCAGCAGGAAGUGGAGGUGAAUCUGAUAAUUACAGACUACUGUAUGCCUGGAAUGACUGGUUAUGAUUUGCUCAAGAAAGUGAAGGAAUCUUCAUCUCUGAGAAACAUACCAGUAGUAAUCAUGUCAUCUGAGAAUGUUCCUUCAAGAAUAAACAGAUGCUUAGAAGAAGGGGCAGAAGAAUUCUUCCUCAAACCAGUGAGGCUUUGUGAUGUGAAUAAACUUAAGCCUCAUAUGAUGAAAACCAAAUGCAAGGAGAAUCAAGAUAAUCAAGAAAAUCCAGAGGAAGAUGUUCAGCCACAACCACAACAACAACAACAAUCCAACAAUAACAAGAGGAAGGCUAUGGAAGAAGGUCUUUCACCUGAUAGAACAAGGCCCAGAUUUGGCGGUGGCCUAACUGUGGCCUCUAAUUAGUCCUGGAAAUUGAUUUUUUUUUUUUUUUUAACUUUUUCCCUUCAAAUUAAUUUGAAAUAGAUUAUGAUAAACUCUCUUUUUUUCACUUUUUAUGUGUUGGGUGAUGUUGUUAUUACAAGAUUAAGGAGGAUGUAGAGAGAGAAAUUAAGAAAAGGUCUUUAUCAUUAUGAUGAGAUGAGAGGUCUGUACACAUUUUACAUGAAAAUAGUAUUCCAUUCCAAUUUUGUUUGCUUAGAUUAGAAGAAAAUGAGAGGAGGGAAAGGAAAAGACUGUGUAGUGGAAAUAUAAUCACCGGUUGUUGAACAACACUUGUGUUUAGACAAACAUUGGGUCCUGUUUGGUUCCUUUUUUUU